AUGUGCCUGGGCAGGACCGAGGAGGAGAAGGCAGCAAAAAUCAGUGAUAUUACACACAUAAAGCAUCUCUCGAUGGGUGUAAAGUCUAAAGCUAAUAAGGCUCGUCUCAGAAAUAUUCAGUCUGCACUUUCCAAGUCCCGCAAAGCCACAGUCGAAGAUGUCUCUGACUCUGAGGAGGACUCCAGCUGCAGUGAUUCUGAAGAUGAUAUGGAGUUCAGUGUGGAAGAAGAGGGAGAUAUACAGGAUGAAGCAGCACUUCUCACAUUCUCAGAAAUCCUCUUUCAAGCACAGAAUACUGCUGCUGAAGGGGAAAGACAAAGGUCAAAAGGUGCCGGAAGGCCAAAGCAUUACACCGGAAACUCAGCUCGGACUCUGUUAAGGAGGCACUGA